AUGGCGACGCCUGCAAUAGAUCCCACGUCGGGGACAUCUCCUCUUGCCCAGCCAGAAGCUCCACUCGCCUCAACGAACAUCUCCCCAGCUUUCGAUCCACAAAAGGUUACCGUUGUAUAUGUACUGGGAGGUCCUGGUUCCGGGAAGGGUACACAAUCCGCAAACCUGGUUCGAGAUUUCGGUUUUGUACAUCUCUCCGCAGGCGACUUAUUGAGAGAAGAGCAGAACACCGAGGGUAGCGAAUACGGCCAACUGAUCAAAGAUUAUAUCAAAGAGGGCUUAAUUGUGCCAAUGGAGAUCACAGUCAAGCUACUGGAAAAUGCCAUGCGAUCAAAACUAGGGAGCGACGGGACCGGGAAAUUCUUGAUUGAUGGAUUUCCUAGAAAAAUGGACCAAGCCAUCUUUUUCGAAGAGUCAGUCUGUCCCUCAAAGUGCACACUGUUUCUCGACUGCCCCGAAGAGGUCAUGAGAGAACGUUUAUUGAACAGAGGAAAGACGAGUGGACGGGCAGAUGACAACGAGGAAAGCAUAAUCAAGAGAUUCCGGACAUUUGUUGAAACGAGCAUGCCGGUGGUGGACAUGUUUGAGAAGGAGGGCAGAGUCGUUAAAGUCUCGUCAGUUGGGUUGGUCAAGGAUGUCUACGAGAAUGUGGUCAAGGGGCUAGGAAAGAUGGGCAUACAGCCUUCGAAAUGA